CCUCCUCCUGCGGGCGCCUGCGCCUCUUCCCGGGCGCGUCGGAGGCUUGGGCGGUUGCGCCAUCGCCGGCCUUUGCAGGGCCCGGCCUGAUCGAGGCUGUGCCCGCAGGUGGCAGUGCUCUCUGCUGUGGCCAAUCUGCUGUGCCCUGCUGUGCCAAGGUAACUAGUACCUUCUGGAAACAAGACCUUACCGAAAUCCAGAGGAGCGAAGCUCUCAUGGUGAAAUUGACCUGAGUGACCAUGCCUCUAGCUGAGGACCGAACCGAGCAGUACAUUCGCUUCCACCUCAGCGACUUCUUCCGCAUCGAUGUCUUGGAGAUACUGUCCCACCUGCCCUGCCUCACUGUUGCUGACCAGGACAAGCUCCGCGCCUACAUUGACCGCCAUGGCAACCGCGACAGCGUGUGGAAACUAUUUGAUCACCUUCGGAAGCGCACCGACUGGGUGAACUGUCUCAUCAGAGCCCUGACGGAGUGCGAACUGACGGACCUCGCCGAAGUUGUUGCCAAUGUCUAUGCCACCAACCAGGCCCCAGGGUUCCAGACCCGUCCUGGAGGCAUCACUGCCCCUGUUCCACCCAGUGUCCUAACCAGAAGCCAUCAGGUGUCCCUGAACACUCCACCAGGACCUUCUGCUGGGGCCCCAGGGCCCCACCCACCUGCCAGUGGGAGUCCAGCCACCCACCCAGGGCCUUCUUUGCCUGACACCACCUACAAUGGUUACCCAGAAGAACUGGAGAGAGGGGAAAGGCAGAGCAGCCACACUGCCCCCAUCCAGGACACGCAGCCACCAGAGUCUAAGAGCGAGGUCCCACGGGCGGCCCUGAAUCCUGCCUCUUCUGGGGACACCUCCAGGAACCCCCACAGCUCCCCUGGACACUCUUCUUUCUCAGCUCCUGCCCCCACAGCCACUGGAAAACACCGCAAGGCGAGCGGAGGGUCAGGUGACAGUCCCCCAGCUUCUGCCUCUCUCCCACCACCUCCUAGAGGCCCUGUGUCUCCGUCUGUCUCCUUUGUGCCUCAUUCUAAGAAGGCAGGCCCCACAUCUGGACCCCGGUCACUGCCUUCCCCGCCUGAAGCAUCCUUCCCCCGUGCCGCACAGGAUAAUGAAAAUCAGCCAACGGCUGCCUCUCCCCUCCAAGGCGCAGGCCUGCCCGCCAGCAGAGAGCCCCCCACCAGGAUCCUGGGGCCACAGAAGGUGCCGCCUUUGGCCCCGAAGUUCCCCAGCCCUGUGUCCCAGGUGCCCCCUGGGCCAGCCCCGUCAGGGCAGGUGCCCCUUCCCCAUGUGCAAGCGAUGGAGGUGAGCAAGCCUGGGGUGCUUCACUCGUGUGAUGACCAGCCCUACUCCGGGGGCUCUGAGCGCCUGCUGAUCAGCAGUGACUCUGGGAGCAAGUCCCUCCACAUCAGUAGCAGCAGCUCUGUGAACCUCCCUGAGGAGAAUGACUACUUCUCAGUCACCAAUAUGCCUUCCCCUGGGAAACCAGAAGCCAGUGGUCCCCCCGAACAGGUUGGGGGCUCAGAGAGCCCUUCCCUGGGAACCAUCGUGCUCCACGUUGACGAGAGGCCCAGUGAGGGCCUCCUUGGGAGCGGUCCUGGCGUGGGCCAGACUCCUGGCACUGCAGCCCAGCCUGAAGUUGAUCCCAGUAGGAAUGGCUCCUGGGCAGUGUGGCUGGGGUCUGCUGUGGCCGUGGCUUUCUUUUCUGUGGCCUUGGCCCUCAUUUAUAAGCGCAUCAAAAAAUAAGGGGCCUAACAGGGUCCCCUCCCUCCCCCUGAAGUGUCACAGCCUGUGGCCAGCCCCCCAUCUAGGGGCAGGGAAGAGGAAUUGUUGCAGGCUGAGGUGGAGGGAGGAGCCCUGGGGGCAUUCCAAAUGCCCCCUGUGUUCAUGGGGUCAUCUAACCAUGACCCAUGAGGCUGGCCCCUAGGGCCUGGGAUGGUCAUGCCAAGAACCUGCUUCCUCCUCUGUAAAAAGGAGGGGGUCAUAUGAGAUGCCGUUUAAGGGCCGUAGGCCCAGAGAGCCCUGAACGUAGUCUGUGUACCCUUCUGUCCCCCAUCCACACGCUUUGUGCCCAGUUGUAGCUUCUGCAGUGGCCAUCCGCGCUCUUCUGUGUUUGUGAGACAUUUGAUGCAGGGAGAGGGGGCCCAGAGUGGGGAUUUUGGGAAGUCUGUUGGUUGAGGUCUAUCAUUCAUUUAUCCAGCUCAGUCGCUGGCUAGUGGAGGAGGCGGACAAGAUGACCUCGUCUCUGCACUGGGGUUCUUGUGGACAGGAGGGGCCGCAGAUCAAACCUUGCAGCCCUCCAAGCUGUGGGCCGCCUUGGGAAGUAAUGACUUCUCGGGCACUGAGGGUAUCCCAGCAUAGUCUGAAUGACCGUCUUUCAGGAAAGUGAGAGAGGCCCUCUCUUAAUGCUGGCUGACCACCCUAGCCAGCUCCUCCCCACCUCCCGCUGGUAGUGGGGUCUCUUGUUGAGACCCCCCUGUGCUAGGCCUGCCAAGGAAGCAAGAGGGGAUGGACCCUGUUCUUGAGGAGCUGGGGCAAGUUGGGGAGAAGAAAGCCUCGUGAGAAACAGGGAGUGUGUCAGGCUUUAAUCGAGUUGUCAAGCCUAUGCCCAAACCCCACCCCCCACCCCCCAGUGAAAAUGAAACCUCCCGGCCCUGCCCAUGGCCAGCAGGGCCGAGGGGGCAGAGUCCCCCUCCCUGUGCUUUCCCAAGGAGGCCUUUUGUGCAGAGUCCGGCCUCAGGAGCUGGUGGUCACAGGAGAGGCCUUCUCUGCGCUGCCCUCGGGCUGAGCCGGUCGCCUCCGUCUCAGCUUCACGGGGCUAAAACCCAAGCCCGGAAAGGAUGGCCAGGUGCUUCUCAUCACCCACACCCAAAACUUCCACGGCAUCACCAACUCCUCACCAUCCCAUUCAUUCACAAUUGCUUCAUGCCUAUCCCCUUCCCAGCCCCAUUACCCCUGGCACAAGGUAGAAAGGCCACUGGACAGGGAGUAAGAAGUCUUGGGUUCAGAUCCUGGCUCAGCUACUUUUCUGUUUUUUUGGGGCAGGCCUCUUUCUCUGAGCCUCAGUUUCUUCAACUGUAAAGUGAGGGGAUUGGAUAUUCUAAGGUCUCUUCCAGCCCUGAAUACUAUGGCUAGCUGGCCUUCAGCUCACGUAACUCCGGCCCGCCUCUAGCGUCUGCCUCCCUCGGGUCGCUGUAGCCCCGUCUCCUGGUGUUCAGCACCAGCACCCCCUUCCUCAUAGGGUUCCGCUCAGCCCACUGAGCUGCCUUCCCCUCUUGCCCUGCUUCUGACCCGUCAUGAUGUCACUGCAUCAUUCGUGUCUCAGGGAUCCCCUGGUCCAGGGAUGAGGAGCCUGCAGCCUCAUGGUACACAUGGCCCUCUAGGGCCUCAGGCACGGCCCUUUGACUGAGUCCAAACUUCACAGAAUAAAUCCCCUCAAUAAA